CGUUUACAUGCCGAACCGCACCAGACUCUCCUCCUCACUGUGUGUGUGCGUGCGUGUGUGUGUGUGCUGCGGCUGCUCGACACGUAGUCGGUGUUGGGAGGCCCCACGCCGAUCCAGUCGCUUUCCUUCCUUCUCUCUCUCGCUGCCCGGCCACACUUAAACAGCCCCGGCCGGCCUCCACCACCAGCGUCGUCGUUGUGCUCUGCAAUUGCAGCUCGAGCCCCUUGAGGAAAGAAGCACACCAAGCGAUCGAAGAACCUCGCGUGCAUCCGACCAGUGAGCGACGCCAUGGACGCCGGCAAGACGCCUCAUCCGCUGCCUCUGAGCGUGGCCCAAAAGCAGAUCCGGGAUGAUGUCCCACUGGUCUGCGCAUGGGCGCUCGUCAACGCCUUCGCCAUCGCCGGCGGCCAAGCAUCCCUCUACAUAGCUGGCUACACCCACCUCCAGUGCAUCCAGUCAUCAUCCAUUCUGCCCUGCCUCUGGAUCGGGAUGCUGUGCUGCGCCGCAACCCAGUCGGCCGCGGCGGCGCUGGCGCUGCUGCUCCCAUGCCACCGUCGCCGGGCCCGCCGUGCCCUCGCCUACCUCGCGCUCGCGGUCACCUUCCUCUUCCAUGGCAUGUACGCCAUCCACUUCCGGAUCUCCCUCGCCGCCUACCCAGGAGGAUACGUCUUCGGCUGGAUCUUUUACACCGUGGUCAUUUGCUACAUGGUGGUGCGCGACCUGACCUGCCUGUCUGACCUCCUUCGAGGUGAUGGGUGGGGCAAGCAGUAGUGCAGUACGCGGUCUAUUAGUUCAGCUAGCUAGCAGCAAGCUGCAAGGGAAUAAUUUAGGGCAGUAUGCAUUAAUUCCGCAGUGACGAUUGAUGGAGUAGUGCCGUAUUUGCGAAUCUAGUAGCUGGCUGGUGUAGUGUUAAUAUCCAGAUCGACUCUAGUAUUUGGGCUAUGCUUUGCUUGCUAUAUAAUUAGACUGGAUGGAUUGUGGCUAUCUUUGAUGUAUUCGACCUUAAUUUUCUCCACAUGUGAUCAUCAGACAUGAGUUACUAUAUGCUUACUAGUAAAUGCGCACGUGCAACACAUGUUAA